AUGGUCAAAGUUGCGGUUGCAGGUGGCACCAGCACUCACGAGGUUACACCAGGCGUAGACUGGGCACAGGAGGACUACAACAACCCAAAAGAAUGGGAAGAAACCCUUCGUGGAGUCCAUACUCUGCUGUCAUUUGUCGUUAUACAAGAUGACCCAAGAAGCAUGGCACAAAAAAAUCUCAUCGAUGCUGCCGUGCGAGCCGGUGUAAAACGAUUUGCUCCCAGCGAAUGGGCUACGUCAGUUAUUCAACCUCCGAUAUUGCGUGCAAAGGAAGAAACUCGGCGAUAUCUCGAAGAGCAGAACAGGCAGCAGACUGUUCUCGAGUACACACUAUUCCAGCCAGGUUUAUUUAUAAACUAUCUCACGACCCCCUUCAAGUCUGCAGCCCACCUUCAUCAGACGGAACUUCCAUUCGAUUUUAACAACCGCCGAGCCAUUGUGCCAGAGAACUAUGACCAAAUCUAUGUCACGCUCACGAAAGUGCAGGAUCUUGCACAAGUCGUUGCUAGAGCUAUUAGCUUUGAGGGCAAGUGGCCUGUGGUUGGGGGCGUCAAAGGCACUGAUAUAUCCCUGAAGCAACUAAUCUCCGUUGGGGAGAAAGUCCGCGGUGGUCAGCCUUUCCAAAUUGAGACUGUGAAGCCACGGGAUUUGGAGAGUGGGGCAUGGUCAGCGUCGUGGACGCCGAGAUUCAGCCACCCUGCAAUACCUCCUGAACUAGUGAGCGAUACGCUCUCUAAAACGGUGGUUUCAGGUAUCUUGCUAGGGAUCUCUGGUGGAUGCUUCAAGGCCUCAGAUGAAUGGAACCAGCUACUGCAUGACUAUGAGUUUACUACGGCCGAGGACUUUUUGACCGAGGCCUGGACUGGGAAACCUUAG